AUGAAGACCCUUCUGCUUCUCGCGUUCAUCGUCGGACUGACGUGUGGAGAGGAGAUCAAGGACCUGCCAGGAUUGGAUUUCGAGCCAAACUUCAAGCAUUAUUCGGGAUUCUUCCAGGUUUCGGAUAACCAUGUUUUGCAUUACUGGUUCGUGGAAUCCCAAAACGACCCAUCUGCCGAUCCACUGAUCUUCUGGUUCAACGGUGGUCCAGGAUGCUCUUCCCUUGACGGACUUCUCAACGAAAUGGGACCAUACGUUGCCAACGAGGACGGAAAGACCCUCAGAGAAAACGAGUACUCGUGGAACAAGAUGGCUUCAGUUGUCUACAUUGAAUCGCCAGCUGGAGUCGGAUACUCCUACGCCACCGACGGAAACAUCACCACCAAUGACGACUUGACAUCUCUUGAGAACUACGAAGCUGUCAAACAAUUCUUCACCGAAUUCCCACAAUUCCGUCAUCAUCAAACAUUCAUCAUGGGAGAGUCCUACGGAGGAGUUUAUGUUCCAACCUUGACUGCCAGAAUUGUCGAUGGACAAAAGGACUUCCCAAUCAAUUUGAAGGGAAUGGCUCUUGGAAAUGGAUAUGUGAACGAGAAGUUGAACAUUGACACAUCUGUCCGAUUCGCUUAUGGACAUGGAUUGAUUGAUGAGAAGAUCUGGAACACUUUGGAGAGAGACUGCUGCUCUGGAUGCAUUGACUCUUGUGAUCUUACCCAGGUGUCUGGACACUGUGCCACUAUGGUUGAGGACAUCUUCCAAUUCUUGUGGUUUGGAGGCCUCAACCCAUAUGAUUUGUACAGAGAUUGCGAUCCAAACCCAUCGAUUAACAGCAAGAGAAUGAGACAUAUGUUGAGAGGUGUUGCUCCAGUCAUGGCAAAGUUCGAUGAGCAGUUGAAGAAUCAAACUAAGACAUCGCUCUACAAGUUCUUGAAGAAUAAGUCCGAGAAGCCACUCACCGCCGACGUUCCAUGCCUCAAUGACACCGAGAUGCUCUCGUACAUGAAUGAUCCAAAGGUCCGCAAGGCCAUUCAUAUUCCAUUCAACCUUGGAAAGUGGGAUAUCUGCAGCGACAAGGUGACCACCACCUACCAGAAGCAGUACACCGACAUGACUCCAUUCAUCAAGAAGAUCGUCAAGAAUCACGUGCGGGUUCUUCUGUACUACGGAGACACUGACAUGGCAUGCAACUUCAUGAUGGGACAACAGUUCGCCGAUCAGCUCGGAAUCCGUAGAACUCUCAAAAAGACUCCAUGGAAGUACGACAGACAAAUCGCCGGAUUCAAGACACUUUUCGAUGGGCUCAGCUUCAUUACGAUCCGUGGAGCAGGACACAUGGCACCACAAUGGAGAGCUCCACAAAUGUACUACGCUGUUCAGCAGUUCUUGCUCAAUCAUCCAAUCUAA